AUGUCAGCUCAACUAGGACCACCUCCUGUUGGGGGAGAUCAAUUCGGAGCGACUGGGCAGCUUACUGCUAUGUGGGUUUUGACUGGCAUCUCCACAGUCUUUUUCGCAGCUCGACUUUAUUCAAGAUCUGUAUAUCUUCGCCGUCUGGGAUUGGAUGAUGGAGUUAUAGGUCUUUCAGUGGUUCUGAACAUUGUUGACUGUAUCGUCACGCAGAUAGCAUGUCACUAUGGUGUAGGAAGGCAUGCGUACUAUUUGACCUUGUCGGAGCUGUCGCAAUCUCUCAAAUAUCUUCUGAUUCUACAAGCCUUCGGAAUCAUGGCAUCUGUAGUACCGAAACUGGGCGUCGCAAUCCUCAUAAUCAAUAUCGUCGGGACUUCUAAUCGCGGGCGAUGGAUAUUCUACUUUGCAUCAAUAUUCUUGAUCAUGUUUGGUGCACUCAACUGUAUCUUUUUAUUCGCUCAGUGUUCGCCGCCAAGGGCAAUUUGGGAGUUUGACCUCACGCAUACAUGUUGGAAGUCAUCAGUCCUUGUGAAUUAUAGCAUUUUUGUUGGCUCAUAUUCAGGAUUUCUCGAUCUUGCCUUUGCUAUAUUCCCAGUCACGCUUUUUUGGAAUCUGCAAAUGAAACUUAAAAGAAAAAUUGUUCUAUGCGUUGUGAUGGGUCUAGGCGUAAUUGCCAGCAUUUGUGCGUUCAUCAAAGUAUCGAAGUUAAAGCUCAUUGCAAAAGAAGAUCCUACCUGGUCACCUUUAAACCUGUUCGUUUGGGCAGGGGUUGAAAUCAAUGUGAUUAUCAUUUGUGCAUGUGUUCCAACACUUCGUCCCCUGAUCGAUGCCAUCUUUAACAAACCGUGGCCAACUUCAAAUCGUCUCACUGGAGACGACAUUGCUCUUGUUGCAAAAGGGUCAACACGAUCACAGAAGAGCAUUACUAGUCAGAACGGACCUAAAUACUCAGAGCAGCUUCCAUGA